GUUCUUUACGGUAAAGGAUAAUGUCAAAAGUUUUACAAAACAACUUCGGUGGGCGGACUUUCGUGAAUUUGUAUACAGCAGUGUUUUGAUAAAAUCUAUAAAAACAUUAAAAUUUCAGUGAAAACAGCAAUAAAUGGGUAUAAAUAUCCAAAUGCGUUACGUCGCACGAGCGACAGCAUGAAAGUGAAACGUCGAUUUCAGAGAAGAUCCCAAUGUCAUAAUUUCCAUUCCAAAAUUUUAUCAAAAUCCGUCCGGUGCUUUUCCGAAUUGAACCAUUCGGACAUGCAAAUCGUACAACGAGCGUUUAACUGCAUUUUUUUCCUUACAGUGCUUAUCUUUUAUUCCGUGAAAUUAUUCGAAUAAACCGCGAUUAUUACCUUAAACAGCAUCACCAAGUGAUCGUUGUCAUGGAGACGCGUAAUGUCUUCUUUGUAGUAGGGACAGACUUUUCAGUGUUAUUAAAAGGUCUUCGUGCUUCAAACGAUUAAGUCCUAGUCUAAUGUUCUCAAUAUAAUGUUCGUGUUACAGACAUUAAUAAACAAUACAUAGAAUGCGAAAGAGGAAAUUUCAAGGUCACGCAAGUUCUAUAAGUAUAUAACGUAUUGCACGCGCGAGGUUCUCAAAGCAGUUGUACCCAAAUGCUGUAAGGAUGGACCGUCUAUGGAUGACAAUCUUCGGUGUUUUAGCUGCGUCUCUGGUUUCCGGCUGCCUUGCGACUGUCCCUUAUUCGUUCCAAUGCCCCGGAGUUGGAACAUUUCCGGAUCCCACCGACUGCCACAAUUUCUACAAUUGUGACAGCAGCCUGGUUCCGAACCUCGGAACCUGCAUGGACGGAACCGGAACUUACGACUCCAACAGCCAAGUGUGCAGAGUGACGUCGUGUUCCGGACCUCCGGAACAACUUUCCACUUCAGCUCCUGCCUUCACGUGUACUACAGUCGGGGUUUUCGCCGACCCCACGAAUUGUCACAACUAUUACACCUGCGGAGAAACCCUACAGCCGAUUCCCGGAUCUUGCAUGAAGGGAAAUGGUACAUUCGAUCCUGUCAACGAGGUCUGUACGACUGAGCCCUGCCCUGAUGCUGUAGCGUUUGUGUGUUCGUCCUCCGGAUUUUUUGCCGACCCCAAAGAUUGUCACGGUUUUUACGUCUGUGACGAAGAUCUUGAUUUUACUCAGGGCACUUGUACUGCUAUUGCGCGGUUCGAUCCUCAGCUCAUUUGUGUCGUGGGCUCCUGCAGUCAAUCCUUGAACACAACAACAACAACAACAACAACAACAGCAGCAGCGCCGGUUACUCCAAGUAACAUCGCGUUCAAAUGCACGGCUGAAGGGUACUUCGCGGACCCGAAGGAUUGUCACAGCUACUACGCCUGCGGCAGUAGCCUCAAGGCGGUGCGAGGUACUUGCAUGGGCGGAGGGGGGCAUUUUGACCGAGAUACUGAAGGCUGUGUCAUAGGUUCCUGUUAGUGGGACGAUAGAAACAGAAUCAAACAGACCUAUAACGUCAAACGCAGAUAACAACACAAGCAAUUACUUUACACAAUCUUUAGGUGAGAUCUCUAAAAUCAUAUUUUAUAAAGUACGCCGUAUCUUACGUGUAUAAGGAUUCUCGUGUAGAACUCCCGUUGAAAUUCUACGGGGAGCGAUUACUUGGUUUAAUCUCUCGUAAUCCUUUUGAUUUCCCUUAUCACCUUCGUACAUUUUGUUCCUUCCUUUCUUCAGUAUUUCUUUUCCAAAUCAGAUAGUAAUUUUUAAAGAUGCGAUGUAAAAUCACACGUAAUAAAGAAUUAUCCAAGAAUAUAGCAAGACAAAUAAUACAUCAAUUAGAACAAAAGAUCUCCAGAGAAAGUCACUUCCGAGUGGUUCGUAGUCUGGAGGUCCCAGGUUUAAAUCUUGGCCCAGAGAGCAGCUACCUUUCAUAGUUUUACUUAACCCCCCCCCCAACAAGUACUCAGAAAGUACCUAAAAUUGAGCCUGGACCUCUUCCUUCCACAUCCUUUCCAAUUCAUCAUUAAUUAAUUAUGUUCUCAUUCGACGGUGUAUAACCUGAGCUAACGUCGUUAAAUAAAAAAACCGCAAAUAAAUAUAUUAUUAUUAUAA